AUGGCGGAGCUUGUCGAUAUCCCAGAGCCACCUGGUUGGCCUUUCGUUGGCAAUAUUACUGCCCUGAACCCCGACUUCCCUCUGGGUUCCAUGACAGCGCUUGCUGACCAGUACGGUGAAAUUUAUCGCUUGCGUUUUCCUGGACGUAGUAUCGUUCUAGUUUCUACACAUGCGUUGGUCAACGAAACUUGUGAUGAGAAGCGCUUCAAAAAGAGCGUCAAUGCAGCUUUGAAGGAGGUUCGCCAUGGUAUCCAUGAUGGACUCUUCACUGCUACUGGCCCGGAAGAGGAGAACUGGGGAAUCGCCCAUCGCAUCCUGAUGCCCGCGUUUGGCCCAUUGUCCAUCCGCAAAAUGUACGAUGAGAUGCACGAUAUUGCAUCGCAGCUGGCCCUUAAGUGGGCGCGCUACGGCUCUGAUACCCCUAUCAUGGUUACGGAUGACUUCACACGAUUGACGUUGGAUACUCUGGCUCUUUGCUCCAUGGGCUACCGUUUCAACAGCUACUACUCGCCCAUCAUGCACCCUUUCAUCGAGGCCAUGGGCGACUUUCUUCUGGAGGCCGGUCAACGAGGUCGUCGCUUGCCGCUGCCGGCCUUUAUGUACCAGGCUGUAGACAAGAAGUUUGAAGAUGAUAUCAAAGUCCUAAGAGACACAGCCAGAGGUGUUCUUGACGCCCGAAGAGCGGGGAAUGACGACCGUUAUGACUUGUUGUCGGCCAUGUUGAAGGGUCGGGAUAGCAAGACCGGCAAGAAGAUGACGGAUGAGAGCAUCAUGGACAACCUCAUCACCUUCUUGAUUGCUGGCCAUGAAACCACGUCCGGUCUGUUAUCCUUUGCCUUCGAGCAGCUAUUCCGCCACCCUGAAGCAUACCAAAAGGCCCAGAGGGAAGUGGACGAAGUUGUUGGAAAGGGACCCAUCACUGUCGACCACCUGUCCAAGCUGCCCUACAUCAACGGAGUGCUCCGCGAGGUGCUCCGAGUAAAUGCCCCAAUUCCCGCGUUCACUGUCCUACCUUUUGAGGAUGAGAUUAUCGGUGGCAAAUAUAAAAUUGAGAAGGGUGAGACCGUUGUCAACCUACUCGCCAAAUCGCAACUUGACCCCGUGGUCUUUGGAGACGAUGCGACCGAGUUCAAACCGGAGCGUAUGAUGGAUGAGCCCUUUGACAAGCUCAUGAAGGAGUUCCCCAACUCCUGGAAGCCAUUUGGUAAUGGAAUGAGAGGAUGUAUCGGUCGGCCAUUCGCCUGGCAAGAGGCUCUUCUAGUCAUGGCCAUGCUCCUGCAAAAUUUCAACUUUGUCAUGGAACCUGGCUUCACUGGUGCCAUCAAGCAGACGUUGACCAUCAAGCCCAAAGACAUGUAUAUGCGGGCCAUCCUCCGUGACGGUCUGACGCCCACUACGCUCGAGAAGAGACUGGCUGGGCGGGAUGGUGCUGAGAAGGCCGAGUCCAAGGCGGCGUCUAAUGGUGCCGAUGACUACAAGAAUGCUGCUGGCGUGCCGCUGACUAUCCUCUAUGGCUCCAACAGCGGAACCUGCGAGGCUUUGGCUCAGCGAAUCGCAACCGAUGCACCAGCCCACGGUUUCCGUGCUGCCAAGGUUGAUUGCUUGGACAGUGCCAAGGGCCAGCUGCCUAAGACUCAGCCUCUUGUCAUUGUCACUGCUUCAUACGAGGGACAGCCCCCUGACAAUGCCGGCCACUUCGUUGCCUGGAUUCAAGACUCGGCGGAGAACUCCCUUCAAGAUGUUUCUUAUACAGUCUUCGGCUGUGGCCACAAGGAUUGGGCGGCCACGUACCACAAAAUUCCCAAGUUUGUCGACAGCCAGCUUGAGAAGCUGGGUGCCAGCAGGAUUGCUGAAAUCGGCCUGGCGGACGCCUCUGGCGGUAAUCUCUUUACCGAGUUCGAAACCUGGGAGGACAACGUCUUGUGGCCAUCUCUGUCCAGGAAGUUUGACGUCUCAAGCGCAGAUGCAGAGGAGCUGAAGAAGACACAGACGGGAGUCAAGGUGUCCCUCUCUACCCCUCGAUCCUCGACGCUCCGUCAAGAAGUCAAGGAAGCCGUUGUUGUUGAAACGCAUACUCUCACUACCAAGUAUGAAUCAAAGGCAGUCAAGAAGCAUAUUGAAAUAAAGCUCCCAGAAGACAUGACCUAUGCGGCCGGUGACUAUCUGGCCGUCCUUCCAAUGAAUCCUAGGGAAAGCGUCCACCGUGCCCUCCGACGAUUCAAGCUGCCGCGCGAUGCUCACUUGGAGAUUAACGUCGCUGGUGGAGCUUCGACUUUGCCAAGCAGCAAUUCCAUCUCGGCCAACGACAUUCUAGGGUCGUAUGUCGAGCUGUCGCAGCCUGCGACUAAGAGGAGCAUCAACUCUCUAGUAGAGUACACUACUGAGGAGAGCACCAAGGCUGAGCUUAAGAAGCUCGCAAAUGAAUCUUUCGAAGCAGAAGUCACGGCAAAGCGUCUAUCCGUUCUGGACAUACUGGAGCGUUUCCCUGAUAUCGACCUUCCCAUCGGCAUCUUCCUUUCUCUGAUGCCCCCUAUGCGCGUUAGGCAAUACUCCAUCUCCUCCUCUCCAAUCUGGAACCCUCAUCACGUCACGGUGACAUUUUCCGUCCUCAAUGAGCCCGCACUAUCCGGCCAGGGCUCUCACAUCGGUGUCGCCACAUCGUACCUCGACUCGCUCUACGCAAACGACAUCAUCCAUGUUGCUGUGCGGCCAUCCCACGCCGCCUUUAGCAUGCCCACCAAGCCCGAAUCCACGCCCGCCAUCUACAUUGCUGCCGGCAGCGGCCUCGCCCCCUUCCGCGGCUUCAUCCAGGAGCGCGCGACGAUGCUGUCGCACAACAGCACCCGCAAGCUGGCGCCGGCGGUGCUCUUCUUCGGCUGCCGCUCGCCGGACCAGGACGACCUGUACCGCGAGGAGCUGGACGAGUGGGAGAAGCUUGGGGCCGUCAAGGUCUACCGGGCGUAUAGCCGGGCUGCGGAGAAGAGCAAUGGUCUGAAGCAUGUUGAUGACGCCAUGUGGGAGUACCGUGAUGAGCUUCUACAGCUGUGGAAGCAGGAUGCCAAGAUUUACGUGUGCGGAUCUCGAGGCGUCGCGCAGUCCGUGCAGUCCGCGGUCAUAAAGAUUAGGGCGGAGUGGGAGAAGAACAAUGAGGUCGAUGUUGGUACGGAGGAUUGGUUUGAGAGUUUGAGGAACACGAGGUAUGUGACCGAUGUAUUCGACUAA